AUGUUAGUAUGGAUCACGUGCACAUAUUUGUACUACAAUGCAGUGUCCGCGGAUAUAGAUGGGAAUAAUGAUGGGCCGUUCAAGGUGUUCCGCGUUGUUCCUACUAAUAACAAUCAACUGAAAAGGAUGAUAGAAUUAUUCGAAACCGCAAAAACUGGAGAAGUCGACUUUUGGCAUGCACCGAGUGUUGUCAACAACACUGUGGACGUCAUGGUUUCACCAUCAUUUGCAUCAAAAUUUGAGAAAUUUCUCAAAGAACAUGGCUAUCCAUUCCAUAUCGCCGUUCAGGAUCUGAAUAAGAACGCUUUUUUCGGUUUUACAUUACUAUACUAG